AUGACGCGGCAGGAGCAGGGCUACUUUGAUCUGGGAAGGUUCCUUGAGCCCAAGCGCCGGGCAGCAGGAGCAGGUCAGCAAACGAAAAGCAAUGUGAUCGUGUCAAUGGUGGUGAUCGCACAGUUGCACCGCCUGGUUUUCAGGAACGUUGCUGCCAAUGUUGCAGCUGCCCAGCAUGUCCGAAGAGAUGCCGACGUGUGCAACGCCACUGGUGUCGUACCAACAGCUGCUGUGCUGGAGAUGGUGCGACAGAGCGCCAUCUACAGCGGUGGCGAGCUUCUGUUGGAUGAUGAGCCAUUUGGAUUCACAAAAGAUACAUACUUACUGUAUUACAGUUGCCAGGUGGUCUUGGCUGGGAGCACCAAGCUGAGCGACAGUGCCUUGCAGAGUUUUUUGCAGCAGCUCUUUGGGCGACCCGCGAUGGAUUCCUUGGAAAAGCUGGACCUGGCCAGAUGCCGUGGCGCUGGGCCGAAAGCUGUCUCUACACUGGUGGCUUUGCUGGUGGAAUCCAGUGGCCUCUACAAACUGAGACACCUGGACAUCAGUGGUAUUCGCAUCUCUACUUCUAUGAUGACAGCGCUGUGCCACUCUUUGCACGUGCACCCUGCAAUCCGCUGUCUCCAUAUCGCCGACACAACGUUGGGUGUUCACCCCAACGCUGCCAGCUGUUUGCAAGAUUUGCUUGCAGCCCCAUUGGAGGUCUUGGGUCUUGGUUGGAAUUGCUUCUCCGAAGAGGCCUUGAAGUCAUUAGGUGACAUGCUUUCCGGACACAAGCGACUGCGUGAGCUGCACAUGCCAAACUGCGACAGCUGCGUUGGCAGUCACAGCUCCACCCAUGUCUUUCUGGAAGGCCUCUACCGAAAUAGCAGCCUUACGACGCUCGACCUCUCCAUGAAUCGGCUGGACUCCUUUGGUGCCUUGAUCUUGGAGGACUCUUUAGCUCAGCAUGCGAAGCUGAAGGAGCUCUACAUGAACCAGAACCCGCUGGGUUCCCAUGGGCUGCGGUGUUUACUCCGGCUGUUAAGCCUCAGCAGCUGCGGGCUUCGAUUGCUGGAAGCAUAUGGCUGUCAAGGUAGUGAGAAGCCCACGUAUCAAGCCACAGAGCCUUCAGGGCUUUACCGGUUGGAUCUAAGCCUGGCCCAUGGCAGGUCACUUCUGCGCUUGCUCUACAAGACAUGCGAAGCCCUGAAACUGGACAUUCCUCAGGUGGAGCUGGUUUUGGCUUUGACGAGAAUUGAGUUGUGUGAGAACAAGUUGGAGCCUUGA